GGUGGAGCAGAAAGUGAAUUCAUUCCGCCAGCAGAGCGCGUCCCUGCGCCUUCUCCAGAAACCGGGGAUGCCUCCUUCCACGGCACAACCCCACUCCCCGUUUUCCGUGAAACUGUGAAAAGGGAAAGCCCGGUUGUUUACUUGAAGAAAAAAAAAAACACUGUCAGAAAGCCCAUGCACUGCGAGCUUUCUCCACCUCCUCCACUGCUCCCAGGACUCUCGCAGGAUGCUGUCGAACAGCCCGCACAUCGGGCACAAACUGGCAUGCUGCUUGGUUUUCCUCUCCUUCUGUCACAUCAACUUUGCUGCUGGCAGCUCAGGAAAAGGCUCACAGAGCCAAGAUGAUAUGCAUGUCAUCCACAACAAUCAACUUGACCUGCGGGAGAUAGUCUUCGUCAUCCAGAGCCAAAGCAACUCCUUCCAUGUCAAGCAGGCGGAAAGGCGGAGAGCAGAUUUACAUAAGCAGGCGCGCAGUCUGACAGAGCAGCCACCAGUCGUUCUGCUUCUUCACAGUUUAUCAGAUAAUGAGGGAGAUUGGAGCAUCCUUCCUCUGCUGCCUUAUUUCUCGUACUCCUUUGGGAAGAACUCCUCCUGGAUUGUAUUUCUCGAGGAGGAAACAAAUGUGAAGAUGGCAACCCUUCUGCAAGUCCUUGGGAAAUUUGACAAGAAUAAAGAGUGGUUUCUUGGCAAGCCGCUGCGUGAUGAGGAGUCGACCAUCAUCCACCACUACGCCUUUGCGGAGAAUCCCUCCAUCUUUAAAUAUCCAGACUUCGCUGCAGCCUGGGCCUUAAGCAUCCCGCUAGUUGUUCGGCUCGCAAACAAAGUGAGAGAUGAGCCACUUAAAUCCGACUUCACUAUUGACCUGAAACAUGAGGUUGCCUUGUAUAUCUGGGACAAUGGGAAGGGUCCGCAUCUCACCGCGGUUCCCGAGCUGUGCACUGAACCGGAGGACUCUCCUCAGGCCCGUAGCUGUGCGACCACCCUGAGCAAAGACCCUCCACUGUGUGGGGAGCCUGUAAAUAAAGAAGAAAUAUUUGUUGCCGUGAAAACGUGUGGGAAGUUCCACAGUGAAAGAGUUCCGGUCAUAAAGAAGACUUGGGAAAAGGAAGCCGUGUUUUUAGAGUACUACAGUGACCACGCUGAUCCUUCCAUACCAACCAUUAACUUGGGAGUCCCAAACACCGAAAGAGGCCACUGCGGGAAAACAUUUGCAAUCCUUCAGAGAUUUUUAAGCAGCGCCGUCCCAGACACCAAGUGGCUCCUCGUUGUGGACGAUGACACUCUUAUCAGCAUCCCCCGACUGCAAGUCUUGCUGAGCUGUUAUGACCCCUCUGAACCGGUGUGUCUCGGAGAGAGAUACGGCUACGGCUUGAGCCAAGGUGGCUACAGUUACAUCACAGGAGGAGGAGGGAUGGUGUUCAGCAGGGAGGCAGUGGUCCGACUUCUUAACAGCGGCUGCAAGUGCUACAGCAAUGACGCGCCAGAUGACAUGGUGCUGGGAAUGUGCCUCAAUGCUCUGGGGCUUCCCGUCACACACAGUCCUCUCUUCCACCAGGCACGCCCAGAGGACUACGCCAGAGACUUGCUCGCACACCAGGUCCCCAUCUCCUUCCAUAAACACUGGAACAUCGACCCCGUUGCCGUUUUCAACAAAUGGCUUAAGGACGACUCGAGGGGAAGCGUGUCAGAUGAACUUAAUAAGAGCGUUAAGACAGAGUUAUAGUCAUUAAAAGAACACAACUGUCCUGUAGGAAUAUGUAUGUAUGUAUGUACAGAGUGUGUGUGAGUGCGCGUGUUGUCAUGGAGCAAUUAUCUAUUCACAGAUGUAAAUGUUUUUUUUUGUUUUGUUGUUUUUUUUUUGUAUUGUUGGUGUUGAGCUGCUGUUAAGAGGGACCAUGCUAGCGUGCGUCCGCAACUUAAUACCAGAGUGUUUUCAUGACUGAGCUGCAUGUUGAGGCCACUGUUCAUUUUGGAAAUAUAAUGUGUGUAUAUUUAUAUCAUACGGAUAAUCUAAACCCUACGAUAGGAGCAUAUCUUUUUCUGUAUCUUUUAAAAUGAUCACUAAUGCUGUACAAUGUGCUCUAUUUUGUCAUAAAAGUAUUUGAAAACGU